AUGACCGCGGACGCGAGCGCGGACGUCGCCGCCGCGGUCGCGGGCCUCGUCGACGACGACCGCGGGACGCUCGUGCACGUGGACUGCGACCGGUGCCGCAGCCGCCUCGAGGUGCGCGUCCCGUCGUCGCUGCGCGUCGACGCGCGAGGCGUCGCCGUGCGCUGCGGCGCGUGCGAGACGCUCCUUCAGGUCGCGGUCCCGCCGCUGCUGUCGCCGUCCACGCCGGGGCUGUUCGCGCGCGGCGAGCCGGGCGACGGAAUCGGACUCGCGCCGCCCGGAUCGCUCCUGAGCGGUGACCGCGUGAGCGGCGGCGGCGGCGACGACGACGACGGCGGCGCGGGCGCGGGCGUCGCGGGUUGCGGACCGGGACGCUCGCGCGCGUCCAACCCGGAACACGAGCGACACCUCAGGCUCGCGCGGUAUCACAUGGACAUGGCCGCGCAGCAUUCGAACCCGAGCGCCGGGCAUGUGAGCUUCCCGGCGAUGCCCGCGACGUCGCCGCUCGCGCAGCUGUCCUUGCCGCCGUGCGAGCACGAGAGCGACGAGCGGGUCGAUCGCGUCCUGCGCGCGGCCGCGCACGAGUUUUGGUGGAACCCGUCGGAAAUACCCCACCGGGGGCGCCGCGACGACGACGACGACUACUACGACGCGAACCCGCGGCAUCAAAAGAUUCUCAAGCGCGAGCGUAAACCGCGAGACCCGAGCCCGUAUAACGUCUUCAUACGAGAGGAAAUACCGCGGUUGAAAGAGAAAGACCCGGGUUUAAACCACCGGGACGCGUUCAAGGCGGCGGCGAAAAACUGGGCGCACUCGCCGUUGAACAUGCGAUCCCCCGCGUUCGUCCCGGGUCCGACGGAUCGGCCCGCGGAGAGAGACGACGACGACGACGAGCGUCGUGCGGGCGAGGUGGACGAGGAUGAUAGCGCGGCGGCGAGGGCGGAGAUCAUGAGGAAGCUGCAGCCGAUAUUGCAGAGCACGCCGACGCGCGAGGAAGGGACGGAUACGGCGGCGGCGGCGGCGGGGAGAGGGGACGGGGACCGAGCGAACGAAGCGCACGAGUCCACGCCGCGGAGGGAUUCCGACCGGGACGAGGACGCGGAUAAGACGAGCGCGGGUGAGCGUCGAGGCACGUCGAGCCAUCGCACAAAGUCGAGCGAGCACUCGACGGAGUGCAAGGAGUACACGAGCUGUUGA